AUGUCUUUUCAAGCUACCCCGACGCUCUUUGUCUCCGUCAAGGGGGCGAAACUUGCCUACCGACGCUUCGGAAAUCAGGGUGGUGUUCCCCUGAUUUUCCUCACUCAUUUCCGCGGUUCCAUGGACCUUAAUCGUGAGGUGAUCCUGUUCGACAAUUCUGGUGUUGGCCACAGUGAAGGCGCUGUCCAAGACACUCUCGAAGCGAUGGGUUUAACGGUCGUGGAUUUUCUCACCAGCAUUGGCGUCCCGAAAGUCGACAUCAUCGGCUUCUCGCUGGGUGGCAUGGUUGCCCAAUACAUUGUUGUUAGCCAUCCUCACAUAGUGAACAAGUUGAUUCUCGCGGGAACUCAGUCAAGUUACACGGAAGGCGUGGUUUUUGGAGAUCCUGAAAUCAUGAAAAUUGCCGGCGGAGCCGUGCCCUCCGAAGAAGACAUGAUGAAACUCUUCUUCUACCCGUCUUCCACAAGUCGUGCGCUCGGUCGUGCGUGGUUCGAGAGAACACAGGAGCGUCAGGUCGAGGGUGAACAGUGGCGCGGGUUCCUUGACCAAGCUGGUGCCGCAAAGCAGCAGGCCGCGAUUGGAAAGUUUGCCACGGACACUGAGCUUUUCGAAAAGCUGAAGCAAAUCAACACGGCCGUGUUGGUCACCAAUGGAAAAGCUGACAUCAUGACCCCGACUUCCAACAGCUACAUCUUACUGCAGCAGCUACGUAACGCGCAGCUGCAUCUCUACCCGGACGCAGGCCACGGCCAUCUCUAUCAGGUUCCGGAGAUCUAUGCAAAGCAAAUUGAGUUAUUCUUGGGAGCGUAA